CUUCUCGGGAGUCGUCCUCUAAGGACACGUCUCUCUGGCUUCUUCUUUCGCUUAUACUUCGCAGGUAAACAAACACGGGGGAGCUGAGAACACGGGGGAGUGAGAGCAGGCGAGAGUUGGUUGUCGUCACCUGGGAAGGAAAACAGAGAAAAAAAAAAAAAAAUAACAAGAAGCAAUAAGAUUAAGUCAGAGCUUUGUACAGGAAAGCAGCUCUUGAGUCCAAGACUCUAUUGUUUAAGCCAAAAUGAAGGUGGGAAUACGGUUGGUGUUGACUUUAGCAAUUGGUUUGGUCGUCCCCUCCGUCCCUGGGGCGAGGGGGGAGGGCUACUUCCAAUCAGUGUACGAGAGCAUAGUGCAGGCCCAGGACACCCUCAGGGAAGUGGCUAUAACGGUGAACAAAGGCCUAAAGACUCUAGUUGAGACUAUGAAAUUUGUAGAGAAAUUUGUUGAUUCUACCGUGGAGGAGGAAUGCCAUUACAGCUGUCCCAAGAACAAGGUUCCUGUUGCCAACCCCAACCACAUUCCAGACUACAAUGGAUGCGGGGCUCUGGGCGUUUUCUUUGAGAAGGAGGAUCUGUCAAGACCAGAGAUGGUCGACUGUUGCAAUGAGCACGAUCUCUGCUACGACACAUGUGGUAGCGAUAAGGAUGAGUGCGAUCUCCGCUUUAAGAAGUGCCUUUACAACACCUGCAACAGUAACCAGCAAGAAAUGGAGGUUUUGUCACUGAAGGCAUGCAAAGGAGGUGCAAAGUUGCUCUACACAGCAACCUUAGCUUUGGGAUGCACAGCUUAUAAGGAUGCACAGGGAGAGGCAUGCAUGUGUGUAGAUAAGAAUGACAUCCCCAAGACACGGAAUGAGUUAUAGUUGUUGCAGAAGCAGCAAUAAGUGGAUAAACAUUGCUGAAAUCUGUGAUAAUCUAUAAUUUUCUUAUUAUCCCAUAACUAACAAUAACACUAUCAAAAACUUGGAAAUUUCAUGGAUAUGUACAGUCUGUUUUUUUAGUAUUAAUUGGUCAGCAAUUUGGCACACUAGCUUGCUAUGUAAAGUGAGAUGAAGUGUUUGUGAAAAUUUUGGUAAUUAAAAGGUUUGAAUUACUAUAACCAUUUAUUUUCUUCUGGGAACUAAUUGUUGUGAUUCUUCUUUUUUUUUUGGUAACAAUUUGUUUUUCAUCAUCUGUUUAGUGAUAUUGAAAAACUGGCAAUUCCAAUCAUUGAUGAGAGUGUAAAAUAUGUUAGAAGUGUUUAAACUUGUAUAAUAACUUUGGUACUGGCAUUGGUCAUACUCAGAAAAUCACAAAACCUGUUUUAAACAGUUAGAUAUGUGUCAGCUUUUCAGAUUGAAAAUCUCAUGGAUAUUCACACAUUAAGUGAUAUUAAGUUUAUUUUUGGCAAAAAAAGAAAUUAGAGAUUAACAUACACCUUGCUGAAACAUCAGUUCUUACAGUUUGUAUUCAAAGUUUAUUUUGAUGUGGGUUUUAUGAUUCACACAUAUAAUACAAAAAAUGAAAUGAAAUGAUGAAAUGGGAUAUAUGAAUAUAUUUUUAUUAAUAUAUGUGUGCUGAAUGUGCUUAACUUGUGUGCUCUAAUUAUGUAACAAUAAUGAAGUUAUUUUUCUAUUUAUUUUGAAAUUAUAGAUAGGAAUAGUUGUAAAAUUAUGUAUUAUGUCACUCAGAAGUAUUAUUAUGAAUAGAAUAUACUCAGGAAU